UGAUGAUAAUUAUAGAUUUAUUGAAGAAUAGAACAGCAACAUUUAAUUAGUAGGUUACAACUUUUCUCUGCUCUACCAGCUUCUCCAAUUCAAAGCCAGAAAUCAAAGAAGAAGAAGAGAAUGGGUACCCAGUUCUCUAAACAGGUCCAAAGGCGCAAGGCGAUUUCGACUGAGAAAAAAACUCUCUGUGAUCUCUAUAAAACAUGUGGCGAGGACUUUCCAGACUGUUCAUACAAGCCUGCAGACAGAAAAAACUGGAUGGCUGGGAUCAACCCUGAGAAAGUUCACAUCAACAAGAUUGUCUGGCCCGGAACUCAUGACUCUGCAACCAACAAGAUUGGAGUCCCCUGCAUCACUAGGCCUUUUGCUCAAUGCCAAAAUCUUUCCAUCUACAACCAGCUAGUCAAAGGCACCAGACUUCUUGACAUUCGUGUUCAGGAGGAUCGCCGAGUCUGUCAUGGAGUUCUCACCACUUACAGCGUUGAUGUUGUGAUCAAUGACGUCAAGAAGUUCUUAUCUGAAACUGAGAAGGAGAUCAUCAUCCUUGAAAUCCGAACUGAGUUUGGACAUGAAGACCCUCCUGACUUUGACAAGUAUUUGGUGGAACAGUUUGGAGAGCUUUUGAUCCACCAGGACGACAAUGUAUUCAACAAAACUAUUUCGGAGUUGCUGCCGAAGAGGAUCAUAUGCGUGUGGAAACCUAGGAAGUCUCCUCAGGCCAAGGCAGGGAGUCCAUUAUGGAACUCCGGGCACUUGAAGGAUAAUUGGAUCGACACAGAUUUGCCCUCCACGAAAUUCGAGAGCAAUCUGAAGAAUUUGAGUGAGCAGCCACCGGUUACAUCAAGGAAGUACUUCUACAGGGUGGAGAACACUGUGACACCCCAGGCUGAUAACCCUAUCUUGUGUGUGAAGCCUGUGACAAGGCGGAUUCAUGGAUAUGCAAGGCUGUUUAUAACUCAGUGCUUCUCUAGAGGUUGUGCAGAUAGGUUGCAGGUCUUCUCCACUGAUUUUAUUGAUGAGGAUUUCGUUGAUGCGUGCGUCGCGGUUACAUAUUCAAGAAUUGAAGGGAAGCCAUGAUAGUUGGUGUUUUGUUCAUAUGUACAUGCUGAAGUGUUUAAUUUGAUAAUUGCGUUUUUUUACUAUUUCUGCAUUGUUUUGUUCUGUUAUAUCUUAUUGUUUGUCUGCAGGUCAAUCUAUGUGUUUGUGUUGUAAUACAUGAGAAUUGGGAUGUGAAUAUAGUCAGUGGCAUUUGCACAUUAAUAUUGAGAAGAAAUUUUUUCUCUGUGGCGAA